ACACAUCGCUCGAAGAUCGACAACGGGUAGGCUAGGCAGGCAGACAGUUGCUCGGCCGGUCACUGCCCGGCAUCCGCUCGCUCAGUAUGGCAGUGAUCGUUCAGCGAACUGCAUCGUAAAAAGAACACAACACGACAGUGCAGCAGUGCAACCGUAAUAAACGCAACGCACCGCGCGAUCUUUUGUCUUCCGCCUUUUAUUUAUCCCAGUGUCCAGUGUCCCGUGUGUGUGAUAACAAAGCAGGCCAAGCCCACGAAAGACAGAAUGCCGUCGUCGCCGUCGAAGAGAUCGCGUUGCGCGGUGGUCAUGGCAACGACGGUGGUAGUGCUGUUCGCGACCACGCUGAUCGAUCGAGGUGGAGCACUUCAAUGCCAUUUCUGCGUUGGAAUUGAUGAGUGUAACGUGACCGCGAUGGGAGUGGAGCCCGUGAAUUGUACCGAUGAGAUCGUUCGGUUGACCAAUGAAUCGCUGGCGUCGUUCUUGCCAACGCUGGAAUAUUCACCGAAGAUCGAAGAGGACGCGUAUCAGUGUGUCCACGUGCGAGCUACGUCGUUAUCCGAUACGACAUUCCUGUUUAUACGCGGUUGCACCUAUUCCAUGAAUUCGACCGAUUUCUGCGACCUCCGGUACGCCAGCUUUCGUGGAACUCGGGAAUGUGUGGCCUGCGAUGAUGAAGAUCUGUGCAACGACGUGGACAUUAGUGACGCAAGGAAGCGGCCAGCGCCUGCUGUUGUCGGCUGGUUGGUCACGAUCAGUGCCCCCCUCAUCACCGUUAAUCAUUACCUGCGCCGGUGAAUAGUAAUAAAAAUUAAAAUUUGUUGCCCUUCCAUGCAUUGACGUAGAUGCUGCACCGUCAAUGGUGCGCUUGGGGGGCCAGCGCUCACAGCAUGUGGAAAAUUUCAUCUCCACGCCGUUGGAUGUGGUGAGCGCGCCGGGAGGAUUUGCGUUGGCACGAGAAUCCAUAAUCUGUAAUUAGUGCUAAACGGUCUAUGGUCAAAGGUGAGCUGUGCCUAGGCUGCCUGGCCGAUUGAGGUGUGAUCGUUGUGUAACAAAGCAAAUUGCGUUCUACAACUGCCUAGAAGAAGAUUGUCGAGUGUUGUUUGGAUUCCGUCUACGAGUGAAGAUCGAAUUGAAUGCCUCUUGGGGGUGUUUAGGAUACGGUUCUAUUGCGAAUAAACAAAAUGGUUCGAUGAUGGUC